UAAGAGUAGAGGAGCAAGAGCAGUAGCAGUGGUAGUAGACCAGGAGGACGGAGGAGGGAGGAGGGAGGAGGGAGGAGGGUGGUGGAAUGGCAAGCCUGGAUGCUUGUCUGAUAUGAUCUGUGUUUUGGAGAAAAACAAAAGACAGGAGGCAGAGGGAGGAAAAAGAAAGCAAAAGCAGUAAAAAGUGAUCGCGGCUCAGAAUCCUCUCCAUCACUUUCUUUGCAGGAAAGAAAGGAUUCUGUAGUUGGUAGUUUAUGGAGGUCAUUUCUACUUGUUGUUCUUCCUAUUGUCACCAGAGCUUCUUCCUUUAAGUACACCACCGUUUCCUUUCCUGGGGAAGACCGCAAUCCUUAAAACACACGCUCUCUCUCUCUUUCUCUCUCUCCGGCUCCUGCUUUUUCUUUUGCUUCUGUUGCGAGGUGUCCUCUCUCGUAUUCUUUCUUCCUCUUUAUUCGUUCGAUGAGCAACGCUUGCGACGUGUGGAGAUGAGUGAAAUGGCUGAAAAUUUUGGAAGAAGAACCCCCUCCGUCAGAGAAGUUGAACAGGCCAUUACAGCUUUGAAGAAGGGUGCACAUCUUCUCAAGUGUGGGAGGAGAGGGAAGCCUAAAUUCUGUCCUUUCAGGCUCUCAACAGAUGAGAAAAGUUUAAUUUGGUAUUCUGGAGAGAAGGAAAAACACUUGAAUUUAAAUUCUGUCUCCAAAUUAGUCCCCGGACAGCAAACUGCAAACUUUCUGCGUCAGAAUCAGGCAGAUAAAAAGAUUCAGUCAUUUUCACUUGUAUACGAAAAUGGUCAACGUUCACUCGACUUGAUAUGCAAAGACAAAGAACAAGCUGAAUCUUGGUGCCUAGGUUUGACGGCCUUGGUAUCAACAUCUCAUCAACCAAGAUCUUUGGCUCAUGUGAGAAGCAGCAGAUGGGCACACAGUUGUGUGAAUAGCCCUGCUAAGUAUGCUUCCACAAAUCAUAGACUAGGUAUACUCCAGGGUUCAGCUAAAUUAGCAAAGGUGCACAGUUUAUAUGGUAGUCCUGCUCGAUCUGUGCUGGAUAAGCAUUUGUCAGAUAGAAUGCUGGGCUCAUCUGAUGAAUUCUACUCUCCUAGACAAAGAACAUUAUCGGAUAUACAAUCUUAUUUGGAUAAGAUAUUACCUCGCCUGCCCCAUGUGGUCUCCUACGGUGAUGAGGAUAAGAUAGAAUCUAACUUGAGUAAGGGACAGAGAAUGCAUCCAGUCUCUAAGCUCAGCUCAUCCGAUCAUGAAUCUCCCAAGUUAUAUAUCAAUGAUGGUUUAAAAGAUGUCUUCAUCUGGGGCAAAGGAGUAGGAGGUGUAUUAGGUGGUGGUAUUGAUUCUUCAUUUCCCAGGCUAUUGGAUUCGACCAGAGCACUUGACGUGCGGAACGUAUCCUGUGGUGAGAAUCAUGCUGCUUUAGUUACUAAACAGGGUGAAGUCUUCUGUUGGGGUUUGGAAAAUGGUGGAAGAUUGGGACAUAAGGUCAACAUGGAUGUUCCUUGUCCUAAACUUGUUGAGUCUCUUACCGGUAUCUGUAUACAGAAAGUUGUUUGCGGGGCACAGUGCACUUUUGCUAUUGCACAUUCUGGUGAACUUUAUGUGUGGGGUGACAGCAACCAUGGCCUUGGGCUUUCUGGUGAUAGGGGCAACAGGAGCCAGUGGUUUCCCCACACAAUCUCUGGUCCUUUAGAUGAUAUAUGUAUAUCAAGGGUAGCAUGUGGCGAGUGGCACACAGCUAUAGUUUCUUCCUCUGGGCAGUUGUUCACAUAUGGGGAUGGAACAUUUGGUGUUCUUGGUCAUGGCAAUGUGCAGAGUCUCUCUCGACCGAAAGAGGUCGAGUCCUUGAAAGGGUUACGAGUCAAGUCAGUUGCAUGUGGACCAUGGCACACUGCUGCUGUUGUGGAAAUCAUGGUCGGUCGUGUUAAAGGCAAUACUCCUGGUGGUAAGUUAUUUACUUGGGGCGACAACGAUAAAGGGAGACUCGGUCAUGCAGAUAAGGACAGGAAGCUUACACCAACUUGCGUUGCUUCACUUGUGGAUUGUGAUUUUGUUCAAGUGACCUGUGGAACUACGUUAACUGUUGCACUUACAGUUACCGGCAUAGUCUUUACCAUGGGAAGUUCUGCAAAUGGGCAGUUAGGAAAUCCUCAAGCUGAGGAUGUUUCGAUAACAAGGGUUGAAGGGUUGCUUAAAACGGAGUAUGUUAAGGAGAUAUCUGCAGGUUCUUUUCAUGUGACGGUGUUGACAACAAAGGGAAAAGUGUAUGCUUGGGGAAGGGGUGGAAAUGGACAACUUGGAUUAGGUGACAAUAAAGACAGAAACUCUCCGACUCCAGUGGAGUCCUUGGAAGAUAGGCAUGUUGAAAGUAUAGCAUGUGGUUCCAAUUUCACGGUCAUAACAUGUUUGCAUAAAUUUAUCUCAAGCAAGGACCAAUCGAUAUGCACAGGAUGCAGAAUGGUUUUUGGGUUUGCAAGGAAGAAGCAUAAUUGCUACAAUUGUGGUUUUAUGUUCUGCCACCACUGUAGCAGCAAGAAGGCCAUGAAUGCAGCUUUAGCACCUAGUAGGUGCAAGCGAUAUCGUGUUUGCAAUUCGUGCUUCACUCAGCUGCAAAAGAUUUCGGAUACCCGAAUGAACACAGAAACUUCAACCCCUAGACCAUUGCUACUGACAACCGAGGUAGCAAUAAAGAGAGAACAUUCAUUCAUUGCUGGAGAAAGAUCAUUUCAGCAUAAAUUAUUGGCUUUUGAGGAAACUAAACCAGUGGAAGUAGAUGCAGAGUCUAUACGAGAAAAAAGGCAUAAUCAACAUUUGAGCUCACCAUUGAUAACAAUUCGAAGAUGGGGACAUGUGCCUCGGCCCUUGCAGUUCCUUGAACAUGCUAAAGAGAACUCCUUGAAGGUGGUCCCUAUAUCUGGACAAGAAAAUUCUGAUAUUAUGCUACCCAAAGCUAGCAGCUUAAGAAAAGAUUUAGAUAGUGUUGAUAAGGUACUCAGAGAAGAACUAUUGCGACUGCAAACUGAGGCAAUGUCCCUCACUCAAAAAUGCCAAAGUAGAAGUCAGAAGCUCCAACAGUGUAAACGCAAAAUAGAGGAAACCUGGCUGCUGGCAAAGGAUGAAGCUGAAAAGUGCAAGGCGGCAAAUGCUGUAAUUAAGAUUCUAACGAGCCAGAUGAAUGCUUUAACAGAGAAGAUUUCAUCAAGAAGACAAACAAGUAGAUCCACCAUGGAGGCUGUCAGCACAUGUCACGAAACAAAGUUUCCGGUGCCUGAAGGUGAAAAGUUGGUAUCUAGUAGCCGUCAUCAGAAUAAAGAUGUAAAUGAAAGCAUCAAGCAUCAGACUUGCACAAGCUCAUCCAAUGAUGCACCAUUAGCUGCGACGAGUGCAAAAGACUGCAAACCUAAAGAAUCAAAGGAUGAAUGGGUUGAGCAAGUCGAAGUUGGUGUAUAUAUUACCUUCAUUACUUUGCCAAAUGGCCAGAAGGGCCUCAAGCGUGUGAGGUUUAGUCGGAAGCAUUUUAGCGAGAAGGAAGCCGAGAAAUGGUGGGAGGAGAAUCAGAGGAAAGUAUAUUUAAAGUACAACAUCCAAAGGAUCAUUACACCAUCUACAAGUAAAAUAGGCAAUUAAAUUGUAUAUGAAGCCAGGUUGUAGUUGGAAGUUUGGAACAUCAAGUAUAUAGUGAUAGCAUGAACAACAAACCAAGCCAAUUCUCCUUGGCAUUUGCAUGUCAUCCAUGUUGGGCCAUUGUGUUGUCAAGAUUAUGUGGAUGGCUUCAUUUUGACUAUUUCUGGGAGCUUUAAUAUGCUUCAAAGGAAGAUGGAUUAGGAUGCUUUCUCGGAGGAGACAUGCUUGCUUAUGGUGCAGAUCAGGCAUUUUCUGUUUUAUGCAUCAAUGAAUGUUAAAAUUAGUGAUGACCUACAAUCUCUUAAAUUGUAAAGUUAUAUUACUCCAAAUUAAAUGAAAAUAUUAGAGUUCCCCUCA